AUGCCUCGUUUUCGAGCUUCUGCCGCCUUUUCUAGUCUUCUCUUGAUAUCAACUCGCCAUGUUGCGGCGCAAGAAACUCUCCUCAACAGAUGUACGAAAGAAGUCUUCAGCCUGCCCGAUGUUGCUGGAGUCGAGUUCGUGGUCUUCCGAGCGGAACCGGUCCUGGGCUACAGUACAAUGACGAUUCCUGUUGUUCACAUCGAUGGAGGAGUUUGGAGCAACCUCAACUUUUGCAAUGUCACCGUUGCAUACAUCCACCCUGGCCGCAAUGAUAAGGUGACCGUCAAUGUUCAGCUUCCUCUGCAUGACUGGAACGGUCGCUUCCAUGGCUCUGGGGGUGCGGGACUCGCUGCGUCCCUCCCUUCUACAGCCAUGCCUUCGAAUGCUUUGGCACCAGCUCUGUCACAAGGCUAUGCGGCAGCUUCGACUGAUGCUGGGCAUGUUCAAGAUCCUUUCAAUAUCAAUUGGGCUUUGGAUGAGAGUGGACAAGUCAACAUCGGCCUGCUGGAGACGUUUGCUUCGACAUCACUGUAUGAGCUCGCUUUAAUCGGGAAGCAUGUGGUGAAAAAAUUCUAUGGCAGACCACCAAGAUUCUCGUACUGGAAUGGAUGCAGUACCGGUGGCAGACAGGGUAUGAUACUGGCCCAGAGAUAUCCGGAUGCUUUUGAUGGGAUCGUGGCUGGAACUCCUUCUUUCAAUUGGGCCCAGCUUUUGGUGGCGGAAUAUUGGCCUCAGCAUGUCAUGAAUCGACUGGGCGAUUACCCACCGCCAUGUGAGUUUGACGAGAUCAACAGGCUGGUGAUCGAGGUUGGCUUUGCUCUUCUCACAAAUCGGUGCUAUGCGCUGACAUCGAGGUCUGACAGGAAGAAGACAUGGUGGACGGCGUGCGAGACGGCGUCAUUUCCGACCCGAGAAGAAACGGCUUCAAUGCUAAGAAGUUGGUCGGGAGACCGUUCAUGUGUCAAGGACAGCCGUGGCGCAUCUCCGAGGCCGCGGCAAAGAUCGCCAAUGCAGUAUGGGAGGGACCUCGAGAAGCCUCUGGAAGACAACUCUGGUAUGGUCUCCUCCCAGGGACACCUUUCUUCAACGCUUCUGAUCCCAUCACUCCCGGCAUUGGCGGCACAAUUUGUAAAGGUGGAACUUGCACUGGGGCGCCAUUUGCACUCGCUCUCGCCUGGCUGCAACUCUUGGUCUUUCAGGAUCCCAAAGUUGAUCUUACCCGUUUGAGCAAUGAGCAGUAUUUCGAGGCUCUGUUUACAUCUUACCAGAAGUACGACGGGAUCAUGGGCUCGGCGAAUCCGGAUCUUACUGAUUUCAGAGGCCGAGGCGGCAAGAUGAUCAGCUGGCAUGGUCUUGCUGAUCAGCUCAUCAUGCCAGAUGGCACUGCGGACUACUAUGAGCGUGUUACAGAACAUCACCCGGACGUUGAGAACUUCUAUCGUCAUUUCGAGGCUCCUGGGGUGGCUCACUGUCGUAAUGGACCUGGAGCGAUCCCCAAAGAUGUUCUGGGUGCGGUCGUUCAAUGGGUUGAAGACGACAUUGUGCCGAACAUGCUUACUGCUAUCAGUCAGACUGGCGAUGGAACUGUGAGGCCUUUGUGUCCUUUUCCGGCACAGCAGCAGUAUGUGGGUGGUGAUCCGAAGGACUGGCAUAGUUUCGCGUGUGUUCCUCCGCUGGAGCGAUUCGGUAAUAUUAUUGUGUAA